CCGCUGAGCUCCGCCGCUCGGUCGCUCGGCCGCGCGGAGGCAGCCCGGGCGGAGCCGCCCUGGGGUCCCGAGGGCGGAGGCCGGCGGGGGACCCCGGGCGGGAGACAAUGAAGCUCCUGAAGCCGACCUGGGUCAACCACAAUGGAAAGCCCAUAUUUUCAGUGGACAUUCACCCAGAUGGGACCAAGUUUGCAACAGGAGGACAAGGUCAGGAUUCUGGGAAAGUUGUGAUCUGGAAUAUGGCUCCUGUCCUGAAAGAGGAAGAUGAAAAGAAUGAAAAUAUCCCCAAGAUGCUUUGUCAGAUGGACAAUCACUUAGCUUGUGUGAACUGUGUGCGAUGGUCAAACAAUGGAGUUUACUUGGCUUCAGGAGGAGACGACAAACUGAUCAUGGUGUGGAAACGAGCCGCGUACAUUGGACCCAGCACUGUGUUUGGUUCUAGCAGCAAACUAACUAAUGUUGAGCAGUGGAGGUGUGUAUCAAUUCUCAGAAGCCAUUCAGGGGAUGUCAUGGACGUAGCAUGGUCUCCACAUGAUGCUUGGCUGGCAUCCUGCAGUGUGGAUAACACUGUUGUCAUCUGGAACGCUGUCAAAUUUCCAGAAAUUCUUGCCACUUUGAAAGGACAUUCUGGCUUGGUGAAAGGGCUGACCUGGGAUCCUGUUGGAAAGUACAUUGCCUCUCAGGCUGAUGAUCGGAGUUUGAAAGUGUGGCGGACAAUGGACUGGCAAUUGGAAACUAGCAUCACAAAACCCUUUGAUGAGUGUGGAGGGACAACACACGUGUUGCGUCUUAGCUGGUCACCUGAUGGUCACUAUCUUGUUUCUGCUCACGCCAUGAAUAAUUCUGGACCUACUGCUCAGAUCAUCGAGAGAGAUGGAUGGAAAACCAACAUGGAUUUUGUGGGGCAUCGGAAGGCAGUUACGGUAGUGAAAUUCAAUCCAAAAAUUUUCAAGAAGAAACAAAAGAAUGGGAGCUCUACCAAAUCAAGCUGUCCCUACUGCUGCUGUGCUGUUGGCAGUAAGGAUCGAUCUCUUUCUGUCUGGCUCACGUGUCUGAAAAGACCUUUAGUUGUCAUACAUGAGCUGUUCGACAAGUCUAUCAUGGAUAUCUCCUGGACCCUCAAUGGACUCGGUAUCUUGGUGUGUUCCAUGGAUGGAUCUGUGGCAUUUUUAGACUUUUCCCAGGAUGAACUUGGAGAUCCACUCAGCGAGGAGGAAAAGAGCAACAUCCAUCAGUCCACGUAUGGUAAAAGCCUAGCUAUAAUGACUGAAGCUCAAUUGUCUACAACCAUCAUUGAGAAUCCAGAGAUGCUCAAGUAUCAGCAGAGGCAGCAGCAGCAGCAGGCGGAGCAGAAGAACGCAUCGAUGAGGGAAGCAUCUGGGGCUGCGGCCACAGCUCCCAAAGUGGCAAGCAUGGUCAAUGGGGAGAGCUUAGAGGACAUUAGAAAGAAUCUCUUAAAAAAGCAAGUUGAAACACGAACAGCAGAUGGCCGGAGGAGGAUCACACCUCUCUGCAUAGCUCAGCUGGACACUGGGGAUUUUUCUACAGCAUUUUUCAAUAGCAUCCCAAUAUCUGGCACACUGGCUGGCUCAAUAAUGUCUUCUCAAAACAACCAGCAGCUCAUGUCAUUAGAUUCUAAUGCAGCAAAUUCACUUAAUACUUCAAAGCCUUCUGCAGAGCCAACAGCAGCCAGUAUAAAACCAACAGAUGAUGCAGCCAAUAAGGAUGGUGUAAAUGCUACCUCUGUUUCAGCUGCUCCUCCUGCAUCAUCUUCCUCUGUAUUGACAACUCCAUCCAAGAUUGAACCUAUGAAAGCAUUUGAUUCUAGAUUUACAGAACGAUCCAAAGCCACCUCAGGGACUGCUGUCAUAACAAAUACAAAUCAGACUGUUGUGGACAGACUGAAGGAUCAGAAUUUAAUUAAAGACAAUAAGCCCAAGGAUAUUCUGGAGAGUAGCAGUGACAGCGAAGAGAAGAUUCCAGCUGCUAAACCACUCAGUGCACCCAAGCGAAAGCUGGAACUUGAGGGAGAAACGGUAGAAAAGAAGAAAAAGGGAAGACCUCGAAAAGACUCCAGACUUGUACCAGUAACUUUAACUGUUCAGUCCCCAGCUGCACUGGCUUCUGAAAAAGAUGCUGCAUGCAUCUCUGCACCAGCAUUAGCACUUAAGCUGCCAACCCCAAUCCCACAGAAAUCAUUUACUUUGCAAGUAAGUUCAGAUCCAUCCAUGUACCUUGAAGUGGAGAAUGAAAUGACCACAGUGGGAGGUUCCAAGCUGAGCAGGUUGAAGUGUAAUCGAGAAGGAAAGGAAUGGGAGACAGUCCUCACCAGUCGAAUUCUCACAGCAGCAGGAAGCUGUGAGAUUGUCUGCGUAGCCUGUGAGAAACGAACGCUGUCGGUAUUUUCGGCUUGUGGUCGCCGCCUUCUCCCCCCCAUAAUACUGAAUACGCCCAUUUCCACCCUGCAUUGCACAGGCUCUUACAUCAUGACUCUCACCACUGCUGCUACGCUCUCUGUUUGGGAUGUUCACAAGCAGACAGUCAUUGUUAGAGACGAGUCUUUGCAAACAAUAUUAUCAGGAAGCGAUACAACCGUGUCUCAGAUCCUGCUGACUCAGCACGGCAUUCCUGUAAUGAGCAUGUCUGAUGGGAAGGCGUACUGCUUUAAUCCUUCUCUCUCUACAUGGAAUCUUGUUUCUGACAAACAGGACUCCUUGGCGCAAUGCGCGGACUUCAGGAGUAGUUUACCAUCCCAAGAAGCCAUGUUGUGUUCUGGGCCCUUAGCUGUAAUACAGGGACGAACAUCGAAUUCAGGAAGGCAAGCUGCCAGAUUGUUCUCCAUGCCUCAUUUAGUGCAGCAAGAAACAACGCUUGCAUACCUGGAGAAUCAGAUAGCAGCAGCGCUUACGUUACAAUCCAGUCACGAAUAUCGCCACUGGCUCCUUAUCUAUGCACGGUACCUGGUUAAUGAAGGGUUUGAAUAUCGUUUGCGAGAAUUAUGCAAGGAUUUGCUGGGUCCAGUCCAUUACUCAGCUGGAAGUCAAUGGGAAUCAACAGUAAUGGGUUUACGAAAGAGAGAACUAUUGAAAGAACUUCUUCCUGUUAUUGGACAGAACCUCCGCUUCCAGAGGCUUUUCACAGAAUAUCAAGAGCAGCUAGACAUCUUGAGAGACAAGUAGCAUUUCCCCAGCUUUUCCCUGAGGGGCCUGGUCCGAGAGAAACUGCUGAACAGCGUAACGCGGGGACAGGAGAGGAGAGGAAAGGAGAAGAGAGGAGAGGAGAGGGAGCCCGGUUGGUGUGGGAGUGCGGAGGUGGUGCUGCGAGGUGCCGGCGCUGCGGGUGACCUGCGUUAGUUUUCAAAGCUCACGAGCGGAUCUGUGGAAAGGAGCGGACGAGCGUCCACAGUUUCCCAAGUGAAACGUGACCAUCAAAGCUGUGGCCUCUGUUUCUGCGGAAGGGUGUGCGUAUGUACUUCGGGGGGGUCCUUUUGGAUCUGAUCUCAUUUUAAUAUGGAAAUUAGCUGAGAACUGUUUAUGGGGUUUCUUGGAUGUCCUGUGAAAAGCACAGUACUUCAGAGUACACUGAACAGCGUAUUUAACCCUGUGUAGGGUUUUUUUGCCUAAGGAUUUAUUGAGGCUCAACACUAUAUUGAAUUAGAUGAAUGAGCCGCAUAAAAAGAAAUUUCGUAAAUAUUACGGUAUUACGCAGCCAAUAGAUUUUCCUGUGAAUAUAGUAAUAAUAAUAAGAGGCUGUUCUAACACACGGACUAUUUUUGUACUAGAAUUUGCUAACUUGUGAUAUGGAAUUUUAUUUGGCCAAUAAUCAGGCUGUCUCUACAAAGUCAUCUGGUAGGAAAUCUAACUCUAAUUACAAAAGCUACGUUUCAAAAUAAUUCAACCAAA